UAUUACGUCAUUUCCGACCUCGGUGCUUGUUUGAGGGGAAAGAAACAUGGACGAAUCUAUGAAAACGUGUCUCAUGUUUGCUCUCUCCGAGCACAGAAAGCUAACGGACAGAUUCCUCGUCCACAUUAAUGAGGAGAUGGAAGAACAAAAAAAGCGCACAAGGAUAGCGACAGCUGCUAUGCUUCGCUCGCCACAUAGAGUGACCCUGAAGACUGGGACAAAAUGGGAAGUCAUGCCGAACACGGAUGACGACACUUUUUUUCAUCCUUUCCGAGUCACCAAAAGACAGUUUGACUUUCUCCUGCUGGUGCUGCAGCAGCAGGGACUGAAAAGGCAAAAAGCCAGAGGUCAGCCGACCGUACCUAUAAGAAUGAAGGUCUUGAUGUUUCUGUGGUACAUGGCGAACCAGAACGGCUUCAGAGACAUCUCAGACAAAUUUGAUGUCUCUGAGUCAACAGCACAUAAGUCUGUUUUGGAAGUGCUUGCCAUUUUUUCCACUCUAGGGCCAUCCUUCAUCUCCUGGCCAAAUGCAGGUAGGAAAAAAGCAUCCUCGGCAGCUUUCCACAAGCUGUGUGGUCUCCAGGGAAUCAUUGGUGCAAUUGAUGGGUGCCAUAUCAAGAUAAAUCGACCAAACAUAAGAGGAGGAGACUACAUGAACAGUCAGUCAUUUUAUUCUGUCCUCCUUCAGGGGAUUGUUGAUGAGAGAGGGCGAUUUAUUGACAUAUUUGUUGGACCACCAGGCAAAGUUGAUGAUGCCAGAUUGUUGAGGGCCUCCAACUUUUAUGCAGACUGGCAGGAGAAAAUGGGUGAAUACAGUUUGCUCGGAGACAGUGCCUACACUAGACAAGCUGACCCGUUUAUCAUCACGCCAAAGUGUGAUAAUGGGGACCUUUCUGAAGAUGACCAGCUCCAAAACUCCAGAAUCAGCACUGGGAAGGUGGUCAUAGACCAAGCAUUUGGAAGGAUGAAGUGCAAGUGGAGGCGGAUGAGAGACCUGCAGAAUACUCGCCUUGAAAAUGUGGUGAUGAUUAUCAUGGCAGGCUGUUUCCUCCACAACAUGUGUAUAGGUGAUAAUGCAACGUGUGAGGAGCACCCACAAGGCUGUCCAAGGCAGGCAGAUGACAAUGUUUAAGUCUGGUUUACAUUUGUAUCAUCUGUUUAUUUAAUGCUCAGAUGAUACUGCAAAUAAAAGUAAACAUAUUUAAAUGUGUUGUCUGUGGAUUUGCAUGCCACAUUCAUUUGAUUUAUUUAUUAUAUGAUUCUCCCCUUGCUGCAAUGAUGUUUGUACCUGAUGGGUAACUCAAUAAAUCAGGCUUGUGUGUCAA